UUUCUGGACUUUAGAUCUCAGCUCUUGUUUACCCAUCUCAGAGCCUUCCCUGAUCUGCCUCCAGCACUGCCCAUCCUUGCCCCUCUCCACUGUCCUUGGAGCUUCCUGGGCCCUUCCCUGGGCCUCAGGAUCCCACCCUCCAUCCCAUCUGCCCUGCAGGAUGCCGCAGCUGUGCCUGUCCUGGCUGGGCCUCGGGCCCGUGGCAGCAUCCCCGUGGCUGCUUCUGCUGCUGGUUGGGGCCUCCUGGCUCCUGGCCCGCGUCCUGGCCUGGACCUACACCUUCUAUGACAACUGCCGCCGCCUCCAGUGUUUUCCUCAACCCCCGAAACAGAACUGGUUUUGGGGACACCAGGGCCUGGUCACUCCCACGGAAGAGGGCAUGAAGACAUUGACCCAGCUGGUGACCACAUAUCCCCAGGGCUUUAAGUUGUGGCUGGGUCCUACCUUCCCCCUCCUCAUUUUAUGCCACCCUGAUAUCAUCCGGCCUAUCACCAGUGCCUCAGGGGAUGGGCUCCUGCUGAGUGGUGGUGACAAGUGGAGCCGCCACCGUCGGAUGUUGACGCCUGCCUUCCAUUUCAACAUCUUGAAGCCUUAUAUGAAGAUUUUCAACAAGAGUGUGAACAUCAUGCACGACAAGUGGCAGCGCCUGGCCUCAGAGGGCAGCGCCAGACUGGACAUGUUUGAACACAUCAGCCUCAUGACCUUGGACAGUCUGCAGAAAUGUGUCUUCAGCUUUGAAAGCAAUUGUCAGGAGAAGCCCAGUGAAUAUAUUGCCGCCAUCUUGGAGCUCAGUGCCUUUGUAGAAAAGAGAAACCAGCAGAUUCUCUUGCACACGGACUUCCUGUAUUAUCUCACUCCUGAUGGGCAGCGCUUCCGCAGGGCCUGCCACCUGGUGCACGACUUCACAGAUGCCGUCAUCCAGGAGCGGCGCCGCACCCUCCCCACUCAGGGUAUUGAUGAUUUCCUCAAGAACAAGGCAAAGUCCAAGACUUUAGACUUCAUUGAUGUGCUUCUGCUGAGCAAGGAUGAAGAUGGGAAGGAAUUGUCUGAUGAGGACAUAAGAGCAGAAGCUGACACCUUCAUGUUUGAGGGCCAUGACACUACAGCCAGUGGUCUCUCCUGGGUCCUAUACCACCUUGCAAAGCACCCAGAAUACCAGGAACAGUGCCGGCAAGAAGUGCAAGAGCUUCUGAAGGACCGUGAACCUAUAGAGAUUGAAUGGGAUGACCUGGCCCAGCUGCCCUUCCUGACCAUGUGCAUUAAGGAGAGCCUGCGGUUGCAUCCCCCAGUCCCGGUCAUCUCCCGAUGUUGCACGCAGGACAUUGUGCUCCCAGACGGCCGGGUCAUCCCCAAAGGCAUUGUCUGCCUCAUCAAUAUUAUCGGGCUCCAUUACAACCCAACUGUGUGGCCAGACCCUGAGGUCUAUGACCCCUUCCGUUUUGACCAAGAGAACAUCAAGGAGAGGUCACCUCUGGCUUUUAUUCCCUUCUCGGCAGGGCCCAGAAACUGCAUCGGGCAGGCGUUCGCCAUGGCUGAGAUGAAGGUGGUCCUGGCGCUCACGCUGCUGCACUUCCGCAUCCUGCCGACCCACACUGAACCUCGCAGGAAGCCCGAGCUGAUAUUGCGCGCGGAGGGUGGACUUUGGCUGCGGGUGGAGCCCCUGGGUGCGAACUCACAGUGACUGUCCUACCCACCCACCCACCUCUGUAGAGUCCCAGAAAUAAAACUAUGCUGACACCUCU